AGUUUGGUAAACGUUUGAACUGCAUUACUCAACCUGUUGAGUUCAGAUGUGGAUAGCGCUAUUCCUGUAUACCAUAAAUUGUUAGUCUAUUACUGUCUUUUAAAAAAAGUCUGCCCUGCAUGCAUGUGUGAUGUGACGUAUUUUCGGAUAUCGAUAAAGUAUGUUCCUGGUUGGUCAACUGGCCGCAUUGGCCAAUCAGAAGCAUGCUUUGUAGUAUGCAAACUAUACGUAAUAAUAUGAAGUGACUUUUCCUAAGAUCUAAUUAGAAUCGGCAAUUUCUAUUGUUGGUAUCAUUGAACUGGCCGGCAUGAUGCUGCGGUCACCAGAAAAGAGCAUAGAAUCUUAUUACUGGAAACAUGCAGUGUUAUUUAAACAGGAGAAACCUUCUUGUUACUUGCAAUGAAAUAGAACCAAACUAUAGUCUAGAAUAUACUAAUUCUUGCCUUUGUUCAUAAACCAUUCUAUGCGUUUGAAUGUAUUUGGUAGGCAAAGUACCAUUUAUUAGUGUAAUCCUCUAUCAUGCCGAAACGAUAUCUACUUUGCCGAAACAACAUCUAUUUUUUCAUGGUGAAAUUUUUACCAAGAAGUAUACAGCUAGUUGAUAUGUUAAUGGCUGUAAAUUCCUGCAAUUAUACUGACGCAUUGGGCGUGAUUUUAAAGACACCGCAGGAAAUAUGAAUAAGUUCUUUGUUUUGUAGAUUACCCAGGGUAUAAUAAAUCUAAAUACGUAUGGAUUAACCAUGAAUAUAUUUCGUUGUAAGUACCCUUGGCAAAGUCAAGGCUUAACUUGUCGUUAAACUCUAUCUCAAUCUUUCUCAUUAAUCACAGGCCAAACGCUCUAUGAAGAUGCUUUAUCAAGCCAUGAAGAUGCUUUUCGUUUGUGUCCUGUGUUUACCGUUGUUGACGAAAUCACAGACAUUUCUUCCUACAAUAUUCUGGGAUCUAGAAUCACCAGCUCUUCAUCCCGCUUUCUGGUCAAAGGUUGUUAACGUUAAACUGUAUCAAACUCUGACUUUCGUGUGUCCAAAUAAUGACAUCAGUAUUGUCCCAUUUCGAACGUCAACUGAUGGGCGAUCAUAUUACAAUCUUUUUGUAAGAAAAAUCUUUCCUAAUGAGACGAAUUUGGAUUAUGAUACUUUUUGUGACCCGCAUCCUAACAAAUCCCACUACGUGUUCUCGUGCAACAAAACACGCAACACGCACAUUGAUUUCAGAAAGCUUGGUACGUCAAAAAGACUUGAAAUCAACACAAGACAUGCCAAUCCAGCAGAACCAACAUUCAACCGUGGGAUGGAUUACGUAUUCUUUUCUACAUCCAAUGGACUACAAAACUCUUUAAAGACAAACUCAACGAAAUGCACAAUGGUAUUUCGAAUUCGUGUCUGUAAAACUAAUGAGCCCUGUGCAUUACCCCGGUGUUCCACGUUUGGAAGAGAAGAAGUUUGUAUGCCAAGUCUGAGCAAUGAACCGCGGGAUUUACAAGUAACGAAUAGCACGCCAUCUUCGUUGGGUAUAUCCUGGCAACCAGCGCUGAACACAGACAGUUCCGUCGCGCAUUACGCUAUCUGCUAUCGUUCAAAGGCAUCAGAACCAUGUCGGACGAAGCUAGUGGAAAGCGAUGUAAAAUCCGUCAUCUUGGAAAAUCUAAAAGCUUCAACUGAAUACCUCGUGCGAGUGCGAGCAGUCACGUGCAAAGGACCUGGGAACUAUUCAAAGGAAAUAUCUUAUACGACUCCUGACGAUCCUGUCACUAGCGAGCCAAAAGAGGUCACACCAUCCAAUAUAACCACUACUUCUGUAAAGAUUAAUUGGAAAACUCCUGAUUUUAUUGUGGGCAAUGUGUCCUACUAUAGUGUAUGUGUCCGAGAGCUGGGAAUUCUGGGCAUGGCUUGUAAAAUAACGUUAGUUGAGCCCAAGACUCAGUCGGUAGUGAUCUACGAUCUUAUGGCCAACACAUCAUAUGGGAUACGUGUCCGGGCAGAUAAUUGCAGACCUGGAAACUACUCAAGAGAAUUAGCAAUAAUAACCCUGGAAGAAAGGCCGUUAGAGAAGUCUACUACAUCUAGUACUAUGUCUAUGAGUAGUACAACUAUGAUAACGUCUACAGCAGCAACAACAACAAAAACAACCGUGAAACCACAUACAGCACUGCGUCAAAAUGAUAGCAAUUGUCCGACAUUUCAUUCUCUGUCUGUGGGCAUCGGGAUUAUCAUCGGUGUGGUUGUUGCUCUCGUCGCGGUAGCAUUGUCAGCCGUCCUUUUGCAUUGCAGAGCUAAGCAAAAGAUGGAAAUAGGUCCUGUAGUAAAGAAUGCAUACAACAAUGGUUAUCGUUCCAGUGUUAGCGGAACAAACACGAUAGACCCCAAGAAGAGCGAUUCUACGAUGGAAUUGUACUCAAUUAAAUCAUCCUGAAAUCACCUAAUAGUGCGUAACGAUUGCGAUAAGAUAACUACGUUCUUAGGACAUCUUGUCUCCGCAUUGGGCGCAAUGCCCCGGGCACGAGGGUUCAAAUAAUGAAACGUACAGAACUUCGGCAUCUGAUUUUUUAUUUGUUUUGUUAAAUGCUUUCUUUCACGAAAUAGUCAGAGAUUAGCAAUCCUUGUUAUAGUUGCAUGCUUGAGUUCGAGUUUUGUAUAUGUAUAUAUAUUUAUAUAAAAACCGGAUUUUGGGCAUAUUUUCUGCUCAUACGAAACAAACAUUCCAAAAGUAGAAUCUCCACAAAAACAAGACUCGUACAACCUUGUGCAUUAUUGAAUUUCUCGCAAUAAAUGUUAAUUAUUAACCUCGAACCCCAACGCCCAUACUAUAGAGAGGGUAGGAUAUCCUGGUUCGAUUACCCACACGGUGAAUACCACCAUUUUAUUUUGUUUUUCCACUGUUUUCAUUGUAUAUUUGCUAGUUUAUUUCUGCUGUAUCAUGUCUGUUCCAUUACGGCACUUGAUCUUAAUUUAAUUUAAUGUAGUUUAAUGCGAUGCAAAACAAACUAAUCGUUUCUUAGACAAAUUACUCAAUGUCAUAUAGCAUCUCUCGUCAAACCAGUUUUUUGUUUCAUUUUUGUAUUUAU